GUGACAAGAGACUGCGGGGGGUUGGGGGGCUUUCUUCCAGUCAGGCAACUUAACAGGAUAAAGUGAGGCCACAGUUUGUUGCUGUCUUUUUUUUAAAAAAAAAUCCGUCUUUAGAGAUCACAGGAGGAAACUUUGCAAACUGUUUGAUAACUGAGAGAUUGUAUCGAUUUCUCACGUCAGGCUGACUCAGAGACCAUUGGAAAAAGGUCCGUCUGUCUCAUGGUGUUGCACUGGGAGUUUUUUUGCCACGUGUUGAAAAGGUACAUUUUCAUCAUGAAGCUGCUUCUGACAAAAAUACAGUUCUGCCAAUUUCAUUGUGGAACUAGAAGCUGAAAAGGAUCUUUUAUAACCUAAAUCUGACAGUUUGCAAACAAGAACUACAAAGCUUGCCUUCAUUUUUUUGUGAGGGAGGAGAACAACGUUUUAUAAACAUUUUAAUAUUUGAAACCGGAAAAGAGGAUAGCAAACAAGGCAACACGUUAUGAUAUCCCAAAGAUUGUGAGUUCGCUAUGUCUAACUCUGUGGAACAGAAAGAGCUUAGCCCCCUUUACCAUGCCAAUGGAAAUGCCUAUCCUGUCGUUGGCAACCCUGAUGAAUUUGCCAUUUCUAUAACUCCUAAUUCCUCCAAGGACCUGGUGGAGAACUCAGACUAUUUAACAGAAGAGAGAGAACAGAGUGAAAGGGUGGAGGUUGUAGUAAGAGACUCUCGUGCCAAUGCCAAAGGUUUAAGGGAGGAAGAUGCCCUUCUGGAGAACGGCAGUCAGAGUAUUGACAGCGAUGAUAUCAGCACUGACCCAACUCGAGGUCAUGAUUCCCUUAAAGAGACUUCUUUCUCCAUAGGACUGCAGGUUGUGUUUCCGUUCCUGCUGGCAGGCUUUGGGACAGUGGCAGCUGGAAUGGUCUUGGAUAUUGUACAGCACUGGAGUGUGUUUAAAGAGGUGACAGAAGUUUUCAUUCUUGUCCCUGCUUUGCUUGGUCUCAAGGGCAACUUGGAAAUGACCCUUGCCUCCAGACUCUCCACCGCGGCCAACAUUGGCCAGAUGGAUUCAGCUGCAGAGCAGUGGAAGAUGAUCACAGGAAAUCUGGCACUAAUUCAGGUCCAGGCCACUGUGGUCGGUUUCCUGGCAUCUGUGGCUGCUGUGGUGUUUGGAUGGAUCCCUGAGGGUCACUUCCGACUUGAUCAUGCUGUUCUCCUGUGUGCCAGCAGCAUGGCAACAGCGUUUAUAGCUUCCCUCAUAUUGGGGGUAAUCAUGGUCGGUGUAAUUAUUGGCUCAAGGAAAAUUGGUAUAAAUCCUGAUAAUGUGGCCACUCCCAUUGCUGCUAGUCUUGGGGACCUCAUCACCCUGGCACUGCUGUCUGGAAUCAGUUGGGGUCUUUACAUACAGCUACAAGAACAUCCUUACAUCAACCCACUAGUGUGUGCUUUCUUUGUGGCUUUGACACCUCUGUGGAUCAUCAUAUCAAAGAAGAACCCAGCCACACGAGAGGUCUUAUACUCUGGUUGGGAACCUGUUAUUAUCGCCAUGACAAUUAGCAGUGUUGGUGGACUGAUUUUGGAUAAAACAGUAUCUGAUCCAAAUUUUGCGGGGAUCGCUGUUUUCACUCCAGUUAUCAACGGUGUUGGUGGCAACCUGGUGGCAGUGCAAGCCAGCAGAAUUUCUACGUUCCUCCACCUCUCCAGUAUGCCUGGCGUGGGACCGGAAAACAUGCACAAAACCUGCCCAAGUCCUUGUCGUACUUUCUGUAGUUCAGAUUUGAAUUCAAGAUCAGCUCGGGUCUUGUUCCUUCUAGUCGUCCCUGGACACCUUGUCUUUCUAUACACUAUUAACUCAAUGCAGGGGGGACACACAACACUGACGCCAAUAUUUAUUGUGUUCUACAUGAUGGCUGCUUUGUUGCAAGUGCUAAUUCUGCUCUAUGUUGCUGAUUGGAUGAUUCAUUGGAUGUGGGGGCGGGGAAUGGACCCAGAUAACUUCUCAAUCCCUUACCUGACGGCUCUGGGCGACCUCCUGGGAACAGGGUUCCUGGCACUUAGCUUCCACAUUCUCUGGCUGAUCGGUGAUCGAGAUGCAGAUGUCGGUGACUAGAAUGAAGGUUCCUCAGAACAUGGGGAGUAAAAUCAUCAAGUGCAAUUCAAUGAAGGAAACUUUAAUGAAAUUUUAUGCAGUGGAGACUGUAUUGUGUGCAGCCCAUGUGCAGCAACCAAUGGAGAUAGCUGUAUACACUAUAAGUACUGUUUAAUUAGGAGAUAUCAAGUUGGAAUCCCCACCUGUGUGUUAACUGGAUUCUGCAGCAUGGCUACAUAUGGUAAACUGGAUACUAACUUCACAACUGAAAGCUGCUAAUUCGAAUUGAAGGUGGUUAAUUUUUUUUGUACUCCAGAGAUGCAAACAGUUAAUUGGACUUUUAAAAAGUAUAUCCUUAUUUCCUAAAUGCAAAGAACAAUCUUCCUGAGGCAUCUUGUUGUCUCAGUUGGUCAUCUAUGAGGGGCUUUUCUGGAAUAACAGGGUGGGAUGUAUAUUUUACACUUUUUUUUAAAAGGGAUAAUUAUGAAUUCACUGAGCAUGGUCAACGUCGGGGGUGCAUUGUGCGAGUGUGCUUCAUCUACAUUGCUGGAUGUGGAAGAAGUCUAUAAUAUAUCGAGCUUAUUUAUUUAUAUAUAAUAUAUAUAUAAUAUAAUAUAAAUAUAUAACAUAUGUUAUAUACAAUAUAGUAUAUUAUAUAUAAGCUAUAUAUAAUGUUAUGUAUAUAUAAUGUGCAUGUGUAUAUAUACAUUUUCAUUGUCUGUUUGUUAGAAGCUGCCAGAUCCAAAGCAGGUAACACUGAGAAUCAAUUUGAUGCUCCUGAUGAACUAUUUAACCCAAGUCCACAUCUGACCAGCUGCCCAGCAAGGACCUAGUGUUGGGGUAGAUGGGAAACUCCAUUGUCUGGUUUUACGUGGUUAAGUGUAAAAUCUAUCUUUUGAAAGGCACCCAACCCAUUGAUGCUAAAACAGAAAGUAACCAGCUGCAGCGGGCUGGUUAAUCCAGACCCAGGAUUUUGUGGAGAGAAAACACAGCUGACUGAAAUGAGUUAAGCUGUAUUGUACAGUUGCAAAAUGGUUUGACUUCCUUUGUCGUCGAGAUUUAAUAUACACCCUACCAGCCAAUGUGUUGAUCUAAAUGUUGAAUUUUAGGAUAUAUUACAUUUUUAUUAUAAAAUUACUUUGAAUGUUGGUAAAUUAGACCAAUAAGUGCCAGCAUAGUGUUAACAUGCCAAUUUGACUGACUCUGAAGCCAGAGUUUUCACUGAUAAUUCUGAAGAGAAUUGUGCUGUUAUCACAGCUGCUUUAAAUGAGUGUCAUGUCAUACAGCAUUUCUAUUGAUUUAAAUUAUUUAAUUUUUGUUGUGCUCAAGAGUUCACAAUUGGUCUCAGAGGUCUUUGAUUUUAAAUAGAAUAGUACCCCUCGUUCAACUAUUCCCCGCUUUCUUGUCCUUGCACAUUGACAGUGCUAUUUCUUAAACUUUUAAUCUUUUAUUUGAUUAUUUUGAACAAGAUGGUAGAAUGGCUUAGUACUGAUAUCAUCUGUGACCUCCCCCCAACUGUUGAUAUGCAGGAUGUGUUUUUUUUCUACCCCCCCAUCCCCUUUAGCCACUUGCAUUGCUAGAAUCUCUCCUCCAAGUGGACCUGAAACAAAAACAGACUGUUUCCAAAAUAUUGUGCUUAAGCUCUUAAAAUGUUUAAAGAUAUGUAAACCUUUACACAAAAUUGCACCACAGUUUCCAUGUAAUUAUAUUAAAGGUACCACAAACCUGAUUAAAUGAAUUCAAGUUAAUCCAACUAAAUGUUAAAGUACUUCAUAUAAUGUCAUUAAAAUCUUUCCUGUGGAUAUGCCUUAUUGAUGUGUGGAUGCAUAUAUAGGGUAUAAGCAUAAACCAUAGCUACCUGUGCUUGAUGUUGGUAUAAAUGUGCUCGUGGAGCUGUGUGUGCCUCAAAUCCAAUUGAUGAAGGGUUAUCACAGCCUUCUUGAAAACCUCUGCAUUAAUUGCUUAGAUGUCAACUUUUGUUGCAGUUCACCUUUGUAGGAAAAUAUCAGAUGACUCUUAAUUAAUUACUGUUGCACAGAAAGUUAUGGACCAUAACCAUCUACAGUAUCCAUUUGGUGAAUUUUUUUCUAUUAUCCACAGUUCCUGAUUAAUCUGACACUUUUUUAAAGAAAGGAUACGUCAAAUCAUAAUAGUUACCUCCCUGUUUUCUGAAGGAAAUUACAUUCAUUCUGAAAAUUCAAAUGUUUUCUUUUGGUAUUUAAAAAAAACACAAUUAUGUCCCUGGGCAUCAGUUACCCCAGUAAGUGAUUCUACUGAGGAGUGCUAACAGUAUAUAAGUACUUUAACAAUUGUUAAAUCUGUUUGAAAGAAUUAUAUCUAUAAAUGAAUGUGCACACACUGUGUAAAAUGAACAAGUGGAGGGUAUAGUUGUAUUUUUGCAGACCAGGCAAGAUUUUAAAAUGUUUGGGCUUCCUUUUUUUUUAACUGUUCUGUUAAACAAGAGAAAAUUGCCAACUUAAUUGUGAUUAUUCUGUUUGUCGGUGACAUCUGACUAAUCCGGGAUGAAGAAAAUCAGGAUAAUUGCACUGAAUCUGCUAGUUUGCCACUGUUACGGUCAAUUGGACCAACAAAGAAAAAGUAUAUUCAGUGCAAUCAUUCAGUCAGUCUUAAAACUAUCACCCCACAAGGAAACAAGUUACAUUUUGCUAUCAGAGUUUGUCGCCUGUUCUGAUUUUUGUUUUUUGUCUGUGCUCUUGUCACUUUUUUUUUUCCUGUGGGAUUAAAUCUAUAAAUGUAUGACCGAAUCAGAAUAUUUGUACUGACAAACUACAUUUGUGUUGUCCUAAUUUUAUUCUUGUACUGUGAAUGGAAUUUCUUCCAGAUCCAGCCCUGUCGUGCUCAGUAUCCUGAGCCAGUUUCCUGCACAGUAUAGCCAAAAUUAAUAUUUAUAUUCUAAAUUGCCAAGAUGUCGUGAACGUUUUGGGAGUCUGUAUUUGAUAAAAAUAAAAUGUCGUACAAUGGUGAA